GAUCACCUCGCAAAAGGCAGGCAUCGAAGGGCCGUUGUAUCCGGCCAGAAUCUGGUCUCCCAUGUUCUGUUCCUCCAGGAACCACAAGGUAUAAAGUCCCGGGUGCUUUCCCGGUCCUUCAUAAUGCUAGACAUCAUCUUGAUUUGCAAUCUCGUUUCCAUCCUCAUUCAAGCAGCGCUUACCUAUUCAGAGCUGUGAGCCAUCAUCAUGAGCGUUGAGAAUCUUGAAAUGGUGGCUAGGUUGGUGCUUAGGUGUCUUCGAGCGGACCCUCGUAGAUGGAAUUCGAACCUCAUCAUCAUCGGACAUCUGGCUAUUGGUCGCCAACUCCCCGGCUUCGAAACCAGACUUGACCCUCUUCUCAGGAGGAUGCAGGAACAUGAUGUAAGUCCAGACACUCCCUCACAGCCGUCAUUCGUACAUGGCCACGCAUCAUUACCGCCAUCACAGCGAUACGCAGUGGAAUUCCUUCUCGAGGAUAGGGGAGAUGGUAUCAACAACACCCUUCAGGAUGUGCAGUCGACGCUCAGGGCACAAUUGGCACGACUACGGCCCACUGAGUUCCGCCUCGUGGGCGACCGGCUGUGGUACCAGCACACUGAGAUUAAGUUGCAUGUUGUCAGCAGGCCUCAACCAAACUUCCCGACAGACCACUAUCUCCAUCGACCGCUCCUAAACCAGGUAAUUGGAGAGAUGCGGCGAGCACUCGCCAUCCAAAUGCACCGGCCGCUUUCAUAUGCAUCGGUGGAAACGGCGCUGACGAUCAUGAUCGCGCGGUGUACGAAGAGGCGCUUGCUGGCGGGCGAGACAAGCCACGCGAUCGCAAAGGACGUCGAGGCUUUGCUCAGUGCUAUCGCAAUAACGAAUGCACGGCAGGGUGUGCGGGGACGUGGGGAAGACCGACUUCGGUGGACGGUCUACCACACUCGGGCUCUAUACCCCUGUCUCAGUGAACUUCAGAAUCUUCUGAGCUGGAGAGGCCCCGAGGGCAGAAAAGAGCUCAAGUCGAGAUUGAACAAUGAUUGAGGAGGCUGGGGCGUCCGUGAUAGCCGUUACUUGGGAACUCGGCCCUGCUUCUCCGAAUAUGAUUGAGCUGUCAUUGCCAGUUGCUCAAGAUUGAUUGGAUCCAAUCACGGUGGCUAAUGAGAAGGGGGUGGGGGCAUCUCAAUGAUCGGGGUAGUGUCAGUUCGGAGCCUGUCUCAGUGGAGUGGGAGUUGUGUCGUAAUUCAAGUUCUACUAUUAUUUAUGUUG